UCCAAGGACAACAAAAAUACUCAGAGUGUCUUUCAUAGCUACCAAUGAUUACAUAGCAAGUAUUGCAUUCCUAGGCAUUGCUAACUAGUGAAGUAUACCAGAUGGAAAUGUCUUUGAAGCUGUCCCUUUAAAACUCGAGCAAGCUACCAGGCAAACUCCGCCUCCAGGGAGGUUCCUUAUUAAAUAGGAGCCAACUGGCUGGGUCAGAGCUCAAUACUCCAAGCAAUACCUGCAACUGAAGAUUCUUCUCGGGGAGACCGCAGCCCAUCGGCAUGGCUCAAGAGUUUGUGAACUGCAAAAUCCAGCCUGGGAAGGUGGUUGUGUUCAUCAAGCCCACCUGCCCGUACUGCAGGAGGGCCCAAGAGAUCCUCAGUCAAUUGCCCAUCAAACAAGGGCUUCUGGAAUUUGUCGAUAUCACAGCCACCAACCACACUAACGAGAUUCAAGAUUAUUUGCAACAGCUCACGGGAGCAAGAACGGUGCCGCGAGUCUUUAUCGGUAAAGAUUGUAUAGGCGGAUGCAGUGAUCUAGUCUCUUUGCAACAGAGUGGGGAACUGCUGAUGCGCCUAAAGCAGAUUGGAGCUCUGCAGUAACCACAGAUCUCAUAGGAAAUGUUCAACAAUUCUGUGAAAGGUCACAGGACCCAAUUGGAGAAAUCAUAUGAAAAGCAUAGUUGGUCUUGGUGUCAUAUGGAUCAGAGGCACAAGUGCAGAGGCUGUGGUCAUGCGGAACACUCUGUUAUUUAAGAUGGCUAUCCAGAUAAUCCUGAACACUGUGUAUUUAUUUGAUUUAGACUACCAGCAAAGAUUAAAGCAUGAAGUGUAAAACAUCUGAGAAAACUUACAGCCCCCUACACCAAGAGUGUAUCUGUGAAAGAGCUCCUACACUUUGAAAACUUAAGAAUCCCUUAUCAUGAAGUUUGCCUGUUCUAGAAUUGUAAGAUUGUUAAUUUCCUUCAGUCUCUAGUGACAACACUUAAUUUCUUUUCUAAUAAAAAAAUACCUAUAGAUGA